UCUGCAUCUCUCUUCCCUCUAAGCUUCCCCCUCUCUCUACAGUCUCGGCUUCAUCAUCACAUCGCUUCAAUCUCUCUGCUUCGUGCAUCAUUAGAUGCUGAGGAAAUUAUAGCACGAACUCGUUGCGGCUUAUUAAGUGGCUGCGUGCUUUCCGUCUUUACAUAGGACGAAGAAUACUUUGCCCAAUAUGGAAACUCAAAAUUCAAUCGUUGCAAGAGCCGAAGAACUCAAACUUCAAGCGAAUGAAGCAUUCAAGGCCCACAAAUAUGCACAAGCUAUUGAUCUGUAUAGCCAAGCAAUUGAUUCGAAUGGUGAGAAUGCUGUAUACUGGGCCAACAGGGCAUUUGCUCAUUCUAAACUGGAGGAGUAUGGAAGUGCCAUACAAGAUGCUUCCAAGGCUAUUGAAAUCGACCCUGGAUAUUCAAAGGGCUAUUACAGGCGGGGUGCGGCUUAUCUUGCCAUGGGGAAAUUCAAAGAAGCGCUCAAGGAUUUUCAGCAGGUUAAAAGACUCUGUCCAAAUGAUCCUGAUGCAAGCAAGAAAUUAAAGGAAUGCGAAAAGGCAGUAAUGAAACUCAAAUUUGAAGAGGCAAUUGCUGUACCAGAAUCUGCGAGGCACUCCGUAGCAGAUUCAAUUGAUUAUGAUUCUAUAGGAACGGUCCCCAAUUCAUCGUCUUUGCCCACCCAAGCGGCUGUAGCUUCUGUAGCAGUUGCAACUGUGGCGGCAGUGGUAGUGUUGGUGGGAACUGCAGCAGCUGCAGUUGUUCUGAUGCUGCUGGUGUGUCUAGGGGCCUAUUGGUGGGGUUAUGGUGGUGGCCUCUUUUCUAGGAGUUCAGAUGUUGACCUAGAUGUGGAGCCACAGUAUUCUGGUGCAAGAAUAGAGGGAGAUGUCGUUACGUUGGAUUUUGUGAAAAAGAUGAUUGAAGAUUUUAAAAGUCAAAAGUGCUUACACAAGAGAUAUGCGUUCCAGAUUGUCUUGCAAACAAGAGAGAUGUUGCGGGCAUUGCCUUCUCUUGUUGAUAUAAAUGUUCCUCAUGGAAAACACUUCACCGUUUGUGGUGAUGUACAUGGUCAGUUCUACGAUCUUUUGAAUAUCUUUGAGUUGAAUGGACUUCCCUCAGAAGAGAAUCCUUACCUAUUUAAUGGUGACUUUGUGGACCGAGGAUCAUUUUCUGUGGAGGUGAUCCUUACCUUGUUUGCUUUCAAGUGCAUGUCUCCAUCAGCUAUAUAUCUUGCCCGAGGAAAUCACGAGAGCAAGAGCAUGAACAAAAUUUAUGGCUUCGAGGGAGAAGUUCGAUCCAAGUUGAGUGAAACAUUCGUCGAGCUCUUUGCAGAAGUGUUCUGUUGUCUUCCUUUGGCGCAUGUGAUAAAUGAGAAGAUUUUCGUGGUUCAUGGAGGUCUUUUUAGUGUUGACGGGGUGAAGCUUGCCGACAUCAGGUCAAUCGAUCGGUUCUGUGAGCCUCCUGAGGAAGGUUUGAUGUGUGAAUUGCUUUGGAGCGAUCCCCAACCAUUACCUGGAAGAGGUCCUAGCAAGCGAGGCGUGGGUCUUUCUUUUGGUGGAGAUGUCACCAAAAAGUUUUUACAAGAAAACAACUUAGAUUUAGUUGUGCGAUCACAUGAAGUGAAGGACGAAGGCUAUGAGAUUGAGCAUGAUGGAAAACUUAUUACCGUAUUUUCUGCUCCAAAUUAUUGUGAUCAGAUGGGUAACAAAGGCGCUUUUAUUCGAUUUGAAGCCCCUGACAUGAAGCCCAACAUUGUCACAUUUUCUGCAGUGCCGCACCCUGAUGUGAAGCCGAUGGCAUAUGCAAACAACUUCCUCCGUAUGUUCUCAUAGUCUACGCAUCUGAUUGAUUGAUAAAUGCAAGAUCACUGCGAGUGGGACAGUAUGAAUCUGUAUAAGCAGUAGUGCUCCUUGUUCUGGGUAUAUGAGGUGCGAUUCAUUUAGGCUGACCGGAUGAAGAGAUAGGUGCUAUAUUGGAAGCAGUUGUAGCUUGAUGCGUUGACAAAUUUUGCGCCCCCUUUUUUACAUUUUUUUGAAACUCUCCCGGAGUCCCCGAGGCGGGUUUGGUGGAAAAAAAAGUCGGUGUACUGAUGAUGGCUGUCUCUUGUAAAUUAUAUGGCUUCAUUUUGGUCUUUACUGCCCAACAAUUUGUGCUAUCAUCAUGUUCUCUUUACUUUGGUCGUUUGAAUGGGAAAAUCGAAUAAAGUUGCUAUUCUUUGCUGGGUC